UUAAUGCAAUGUCUUUUUAGGGAAUUACAAGAAACAAAAGAUUUCAGGGAACCAGUCCACUUUAUUGUCAAACAAUGGAUGAGUCCUUCUUUAGUGGGAGGAGACUAGAAAAAGAAAGAAUCUUCAGAGCAGCAUAUGGCUGUGUAAAGAAACAAGACAGGGAGGAACUGGGCAGGAAGCUGUAAUUUAUGUGUCGACAGAGAGCAUCCACCACCUACAGGUUUGUGAGGCAAAGCAAACGGUUUACUUUUCUUCUUAAGAGGAGGAGCAGAAUUGGCACCAGAAGAUCUUUGCUCAAGUCCCCAUCUCUGCCAAGAUUUGAGUGAACGUGGGAAAAUGGAAGCUCCUUUAAGGCGGAUAUUAUUUUUCUUCUCAUAUAAGACACUGGCCCAUAGUAGAAGUUUAUUAAAUAUUUAUUGAAUUAUAUCUCAAUGGAGUGUGAAGCACUAUGUAUGCCAUGCUAGAAAAAGCAACCAACCAACUCAGGCACUGGAAAUACAAAUACAAAGUAAUCCUCCAAGUAGUUACGGAAUUCUAGUUGGUUGAAACAAUAUUCUUUUUGUGUGUCCCAUAAUUAAAUUGUUACAAGAUGAUUUGGAUUUUGCUUGUGCUUGCAUUUAUGUUCUCCUGGCAUCUUCUGAAUGCCUUUUCUGUAUCUGUUCCCAAAGAGAAAUAUAAAACACAUUAUGGCAGCAAUGUGACUAUGGAAUGCACCUUUCCAGUGGGAGAAAAAUUAGACCUCAAUGCCCUUACAGUUUAUUGGGACAAGGAAGGAAAAUUUCUUGUGAAAUUUGUUGAUGGUGAAGAAGAUCUCAAAAUUCAAAAAAGCAACUCAAGAUUAAGGCAUUUGAAUGACCAACUAUACAAGGGAAAAUCUCUUCUUCAUAUCACCAACGUGACAGUAAAAGAUGCUGGGGCUUACCGCUGUAUUAUUGGUUACGGGGGAGCUGAUUACAAGUGGAUUACUUUAACCGUCAAUGCCCCAUACAACAAAAUAAACCAGAGGAUUAAAAUGGAUCCAGUCACUUCUGAAUACGAAAUCACAUGUCAGUCAGAAGGUUAUCCUAAAGCAGAAGUCAUCUGGAAAAGUAGAGAUCAGGAUCUAAGUAGCAAAGCUACAGUGACAUAUUCAGUUGGAACGGAAAAGCUAUUCAACAUUACAAGCACUCUCAGGGUCAAUGCCACAGUGAAUGAAUCUUUCCAAUGCUUGUUUCAGGAAAGGGAUACUGGAAAAAAUAUUUCAGCUCAGAUUGUCAUCCCAGACAAUUAUGCAUCAACUAAGACAGCCUCAAGAACUUACUUUGGGACUUUAGGAGCUGUCAUUUUCCUUGGAUUGAUUCUGAUGCUUCAGAGCUUUAGAAAAAAACAUGUGAGAAUGAUAGCCAAAGAGAAAAAUUACCUUUCCACAUAACAACAGCUUUCCAGACAGUGAACUCCAAUAUGAUACAAAUACUGGGAAGUCACGAACCUAGCAUCUCAGCUUCUGAUUUAAGUUUCUGGCAUUCUCAGUCCUCCCGCUUUGGAAUUCCCUCAGUGCUUAGCAGUAUCAAUGAAAUGUGCUCCAAACACCUCAAGGCCUGGGAAGAAAAUAAGGGAAGAGGUGUGAUGGGGAAAAAAAAGAGAGAAGAAAGAAAUAGAAAAUGAAUGGGAGAAAACCCCCGUCUGCUUCAGAGGAUAGUUGAAUCUCUUUUGAGAUGAUACUCAAGAAAUAGUUCCAGCCUGCUUUGAGGAAACAGGCUGAUAAAAGAUGCUGUAGUAUCUUUGACUGUUGAUGCUUCCAGUCAUAGUUUACACAAAUUUAUUGUUUGUUCCUAAGAAAGUCUCUGACUUUGGAGUUGUUCAUUGCUCUGUAUUAUUCCUUCUGUUACCUGAUCAGCUUCUUGGCACCUAUAAGCCAAAGCUCAAACUCAUUUACUGAUGAAGAAAGAUCAUUAGGAAUCUCCAUCAAUGAGGAGAGUCAUAGGGCAAAUGAACUUAGGCUCUGGGUUAUGCACUUAAGGAGAAUGUGUUUUUGUCAAACCUUAAUUUGUCUGAGAAACCUGGUUACAUGGCCUUAUUGAAGUAGAAAAUGUUACUGUGUAUUUGAAUUUGGGGGAGAGUUUUUGUCAUGUGAAUAUGGUCUUCAAUACUUUCAUUCCAAGAAUGAUUGGGAAUGAUUGGAUGGAGUGAUUAGUUUUUUCCACCUUGUUUAUAUUUGCUAUUUAAAUGAAAGAAAGAUUCACAUCCAAAAAGGAAGUAUUACUUUAGGAUGUUAGCAAAAAUGGGAAGGAUGUGGGAAAACUUGUAGGUUUAGUAUAUUUUUAACAUUUUAGACCUACAGCCUUACUCUUCCUCUUAAAAUCUCAAACUAGCUUUAAAGCUCACUCAAGAACCACCUUUUAAGAUCUUUAUUGAUUCCCCUCAGCUAUUAGAGCUUCCUCCUCUGCUACUGCCAACUUUUCUUUUUGCCCCAAGGGAAUUAAGGUUAAAAUGACUUGCCCAGGUUCAUAUGGCUACUGUUAAAUGUUUGAGGUCGGAUUUGAAAUCAGG